CGCACAGACGCAAGCAUCCCACUGGCUGGAGUUGGAGGACACUCGCCCGUUUUUUCGUUUUCCACCGCUGCUCUCAUCCCUUGUCUUUGUCUCCUCGCGGUGAGAAGACAAACCCGUACGGGAAAGACAUAAAAAAGAAGCGCUUUUUUCUCUGUAGAGUCACAGAAACAGCAGAAAUCGGGACUGGACACUUUGUUUGGAGGGGAAAUAAUCUCUCGCAUGAGGCGAGCUGGAUCUGUCCUGUAUACAGCGGGGCGCGCACUGCUUCACCUUUUCAAUGGAUUUCAAUACAGUGGAAGUACCCUGGGAAUUUAACUACUCUUAAUUCGUAUUAACUUAAUCAAUUCCGUUCCAACAAGGGUUUUUGUUUUUAACACGCAGAGGAAAACGAUGAUCCUCGCCGUGUUGUAUGUUCUUCUGCCUUUUUUAGAUGUACUGUCUUACGCGGAGGAGAACCUGCGCGCCGGGGCCACCCGGCUGGACUGCGUGCGGGCCAGUGAGCAGUGUCUGAAGGAGCAGGCGUGCAGCACCAAGUAUCGCACAAUGAGGCAGUGCGUGGCCGGCGGGAAAGAGAGCAACUUCAGCAUGGUGGCCGGCCUGGAAGCCAAGGACGAGUGCCGGAGCGCCAUGGACGCGCUCAAACAGAGCCCACUGUACAACUGCCGGUGUAAAAGGGGUAUGAAGAAGGAGAAGAACUGCCUGCGCAUUUACUGGGGGAUCUAUCAGAGUUUACAAGGUAAUGAUUUCUUGGAGGACUCUCCGUAUGAACCCGUGAACAGCCGUCUGUCUGAUAUUUUCCGCCUGGCUCCCAUCAUAGAGGGUGGGGAACCUUGGAGCGCCUCUGCCACUGCGGCUCCAGGCAGGGGGGGCACCCAGGGCAGGGUAUCCCAGGGCAGAGAGCCCGCUCUGGGCAGAGGGAGCCCUUCCUCCACGGAACUUCAGGAUCCCAGUAGAAACAGGAGAGCUCAUCCCAAUUGGGCCAUUCUGGGUGAGCCUGCGGUGGCCAGGGAGAACAACUGUCUCAACGCUGCUAAGGCUUGCAACCUUAAUGACACGUGUAAGAAGUAUCGCUCGGCCUACAUUAGCCCCUGCACCAGUCGCGUCUCCACAGCUGAAGUCUGCAACAAGAGGAAGUGCCACAAGGCCCUGCGGCAGUUCUUUGACAAGGUUCCUCCAAAGCACAGCUAUGGCAUGCUGUUCUGCUCAUGCCCGGCCAGCGACCAGACGGCGUGCUCUGAAAGGAGACGCCAAACCAUCGUUCCCGUCUGCUCGUACGAAGAGAAACAGAAACCCAACUGUUUGGAGCUGCAGGGCUCCUGCAAGACCAACUACAUCUGCAAGUCACGACUUGCUGACUUCUUUGUCAACUGCCAGCCGGAGCCCCGCUCGCUGUCCGGCUGUCUGAAGGAGAACUAUGCAGACUGCCUCCUCGCUUACUCGGGCCUGAUUGGUACUGUCAUGACUCCCAACUACCUGCGCUCAACCAAAAUCAGCGUCUCUCCCUACUGCGACUGCAGCAACAGCGGCAACAGCAAGGAUGAGUGUGACACCUUCACUGAGUUUUUCACGGAGAACACCUGCCUCCGUAAUGCCAUCCAGGCCUUCGGGAACGGGACCGAUGUCGGGGUGUGGCAGCCGAUGUUCCCCGUCCAGACCACCACCUCCAUCACCACCCCCUACCAAAGAAACCGCGAACGCAACCCCAACACCAUCGACAACCACAUUAACACAGACCCUGGAAUCUACCACUUCUGUGGCAGCCUACAGGCUCAGAAACUGAAGUCGAACUCAAGUGCUGGUGCUGUCCUCUGUGUGGAUCCUCAGAUAGAUGGUCCAAGUACGUCCAACUCCAUCUUGAGAAACUCGGCUUCCUCCAGACGGCCCGAGGGCCCGGCCUCCGUGCUGCCCCCGCUGCUCUGGCUGUGGUACUGCAGCCUGCCGGUGCUCUCCUGGCAAGGAAAUUUGUAGCUGCGUCCCUCCUCAGCAACAAACUUCAACAGACUGACAAACACACAUUUGUAUAAAAAAAAAAGCAAAACAAGGAAUUACAUCCUUUCUUUUCAGUUAGACCUGUUGUACUUUUAUUUUCCCUGGAUUCUGUCUUUUAAUUCCUACUUUGAUUUUUUUUUUUUAAUGAAUUUUUGAGAAACUGUAUUGUUUCUUUGUUUUUGUUUUUUUAGCAUUGCUGCUGUGUGCUAAAACAGUGAUCUGCUAUACAUGUUAAUUCAAGUUUUGGCUGUGUGUUCACGUUGGCUUAGUUGGAAAAGGGCGGGGUGGGAUGUAAAGCUUCUCUAUGCACUGCUCACUUGAGCAGGGAUGAGAAAAUACUCGAAGACUACAUUCCAGUAAACCACAGCUGGAUGAACACAUCAGUUUUCACCCAUGUCUGUUUGUGUGUUGAGGCUAUAGGUGGGAUCUUUCGCUUAAAAGUCACAGUCAGUUCAGUAAUGGCUACGUAUUAUCACUUGGGCAGUCUUUUAGGUGUUAUUCCAUCUCCUCUGUGGUUUGUGUCUGUUUUGAUAAUGGCGUGAUCUGGUAUUUUACAUUUUUAUGAGCUGAAUUAAAUGUCACUUGAUAAAAAUAAAUAACUUUUUUUUUCUUCAGGAUGAACAUCGUUAACUUAAAACAUCAGAGUAGUUAGACCAUGUGCGCCCAAACUGUCUUUACUGUAGCUCAUACUGAACACACGUUGCCGCUGGCAAAAGCACACACAGGCAAAGUCCCGCAAACACGUGACGCACAUUUUCACACAGACAGAAACACACUCGGUCCGAGGCUUUCUGCUCCUUUUCCUCACUUUAUAAAAAGCAACGUGUUGCUCGGAGAUCAAAGGUCGGUACGCUGCUGUGGAUGGCUGAAUCCACUCCACUCAUUAGUGAUUGUACAUACUUGUAAUUGUCCAAGCCAUGUUUAACGUUUCCCUGGAGAAGGUAACAGAGAAGCUGCUAAAGUUUUACCUGAAUCUUUUUAAUUUUUUUGUUUUGAUGAAUGCCGCUGCAUCGAGCCCACAAAAACCCAGAGCUAACAAAAAAAGCAGGCUUAUUGUUGUAGAGUGUAAUCAGCGCUAACUCAUCCCUCCAUUGGUCCAAAGCUCAGUUCGUCGUCUUCUGUCAUUUCUGUGUUACAACGAAUUGCCUCAGUUGUGACACUGUCAAAGCAAGUUCAGGGAGGAAGUGCUAACUUUAAGAUGACCAUUUGCUAAACCCCACUAACCUCAGUCACUGUCUCUAAUUCAUUCUAGCAUAUGACAACAGGGGCAGAAUUUCUCUUUUAUUUUAGCUAGUAAUGGUCUCACUGAUACAGGUUAUCAUCUGUGACUACAGUACCAAGCUUAUUUACUUAAUGACCUUCACUGGUUAGAGAACCAGAGCCCCAGAUUAGGGUUUUACUUGCUGGCUACAUGCUAACUCUGCUUCAUGGUAGAAGCUGUGCAGCUCAGCUGAAAUCUGCUAGAUGUUUGCUAGCCUUCACCUCAGCUAACACUUCAGCUGUCUUUGUGAUGUUGCUUUUUGGAGCGUUUUUAAUGUGAUCAUAUACAACCAAUGGCUAUGUCCAUCUUCUUCUGUGGUGGUCCCAGGCGAGCAGUAACCAUCAGCAUUGCCAGACAUGGAAAUAAAGCCUAUUUUGUUCGGACCUACCAUCAUUAAUAACACAAAAAUUGUUAGCAUGAAAGCUAACUUUGGUAAAUGUACCUUAGAUGAACAACCUCACAGGCAACAAAGAGCAGACUUAUGGGUUAAAGAGUCCUCAUCUGACAAUGUUGUCUGUAAACUAAUGUAAUAAGCUAAUAAAAUGCUCAUUUGAAUAAUAAGGAAUAUUAAAUUAAGAGUUAAUUUACCAAUUUGAAAUGGUACACUAGAGUCUUACUCUAUAAAGGAGUUAACAAUGAGACCACACUUCCAACUUGUCAAAUAUUGUGUUGCGCUGUCCUGCCCGUCAAACACCUCUUUGUCAUGUUGAAGAGACUUUAAAGCUCUGCAGGCCAACUGUGCCCAACAGUACAGGCAUGAGUUUAGCAAACGGUCACUUUUGUCUUAUGAGCUAUAUGUAAAUCAUUAAUGGCACUGUGACGCUUCUGUUUUCAGCUUUUCCAGUGGAGGCACAUGAAAUCUUAGCUUUUCAUUUUGACACACUUCUCUGUGGCAUGUUCUGCAAACCACUUUAGCCAUUUGGACGCUGGCGGGAUAUUCAUGACUCGCUGCUUAGGUUUAUGUCGCUUCCUACGACACAUCUAAUGUAUAAUAAAACUUCAAUGUUAUUCACCGAGCAUAAACAUGGUAUAUGCACUGUAUGUACUUGGCUGAAAUUAUGAAUUGGGCAAAUAAAUGUCUGAUGAUAUUCUAUUUCAGAGCAUUGUGAGCUAUUUUGACAUUCAGAUACAACAUAGAGUACAUUGAAUAAGCAAGAAUAUUGUUUUUUAUAACAACUUAAAUGUAUAUUUCUCCCAGUAUGUACAUGAUUAUGGAAUAUUAUUGCAUCAGAGACAAGGAUAUCAUUAUAACUCUCUUACUGUACUUUCAAAACAGCUGUAUUUCCUAAGUAUACGGUUUUGUACCAUAGCCCCAUUUAUGACAUGGCUUAAAUAUAGUGUUGAUAGUUCUUGUUUGUUUGUUUGUUUUUUGGAUAAAAUUUACACUUAUUUUUCUAUCUUUUACUAAUUUUCGCUAUUUUCAUGAGUUGAAGUUAAUGAGAUGGAUCUGCUAUAGAUUUAAAUUGUUCUUUCUUAUGCUGAAGUAAAGGAAGAGAGAAAACUGAUUGCAUGGUGUUAGAAAUCGAUAUUUAAAAACAAAUAUAUUCAGUACCAUGCCUUUGAAGGAUUUUUUUUUUUUUAUGGUGUGUUUGAAGACGGUGGGGAAUGUGGGAUGAUUCCCACAAAUCGAAUGUGUGCAGUUUGGAUGGAAAGUUUAAGAGAAAUGUUAUAAGCUGCUUCACAACGAAAACCCUAACUAGGACUGAUUGCAUUUCUCAGAACUGUGUCUUACAGUACGGGUGAUCAUUUUGUAUUUAAAUCCCAGUGCCGGAUCUUCAUGGGCCCUGGAAUAUGAGAGAGGUUCAGUGCUCUCUGUGAAGAGUUCAUCUGAGCACAGAAGGCCUCACAACUGGGGGCUCUUCCUCACAGUGUAAGGAUCCCCACUUUUGGACUAAACAGUAGAGAUGGUAAAUACAUUUAUAUUUGCUGUCCAUCACAAUCCCAUCUGUUCUUUAAAAAUACCAGCUUUUUUUCUUCUUCUUCUAAUUUUUUUUUUUUGGAUUUGCAGACUCCCUUAGCUAUGUGGCAUCAUUAACUUCUUAGCUUGUGAAAAUGUAAAAUCUGUUGUACAAAAAGUUAUAAUUAAAAACUGUUAAAUCA